CCUGCCGCAGCUAUGGAAGAGCCUGUGGAAAAAAACUCAGAUGAUUUUAUUAUUUCAUUAAACAGCGAGUGUCCCAAGGAACUGGGUGAGCUCAUCGAAAGUUCCAGUGAAGAUAACAGAAGGUUCGAUGAUGCUGGAUUUACUUUGGCUCUUCAGAAUGGACUGGAAAACCUAAGACUUGAGAACUCCUUGACUGAUGUAGCUCUGUGCAUUGGGAAUAAAGUUUUCCCGUGUCACCGAGUGGUUCUCGCUGCAGCUAGCAAUUAUUUCAGAGCCAUGUUUUGCAAUGAACUGAAAGAGAAAUAUGAAGAAGAAAUUGUAAUCCAAGGAGUUGAAGCUGACACCAUGGAAAUUAUUUUGAAUUAUACGUACACUAGCAAAAUUGUCAUUACUAAACAAAAUGUACAGAAAAUUUUAGAAGCUGCAAGCCUCUUCCAGUUCUUCCGUAUGGUUGACGCUUGCUCCAGCUUUCUUACGGAAGCACUUCAUCCGGAAAAUUGUGUUGGAAUUUUGAGACUCGCUGACACUCACUCGCUGGACUCUUUGAAACGCCGAGUUGAAGCCUACAUUAUACAGAAUUUUUGUCAGGUUUUAAAUCAUGAAGAUUUUCUGGAACUACCAAUUGAAAUUCUUUAUCACAUCUUGAAAAGUGAUGAACUGUAUGUGACAGAAGAAACACAGGUAUUUGAGACAGUCAUAAACUGGGUGCACUAUAAACAGGAUGAAAGACUUACACUCCUUCCAAAACUGCUGGAAUGUGUCCGUUUACCCUUACUAGAUCCAUGGUACCUUGUGGGAACAGUAGAAGCAAAUGAACUUAUUAGACAAUGUCCUGAUGUAUUCCCUCUAAUGCAAGAGGCACGGAUGUAUUACUUGACUGGAAACGAGAUAAUUUCAGAGAGAACGAAACCUCGGAUGCACGAGUUCCAGUCUGAAGUAUUCAUGAUAAUUGGAGGAUGCACAAAAGAUGAAAAGUUUGUUACUGAAGUUACCUGUCUUGAUCCUUUAAGAAGAAGCCGACUAGAAGUUUCAAAACUCCCAACAUCAGAACAAGAAAAUGAAAAUGAAGAUAAAAAAUGGGUUGAAUUUGCCUGUAUAACCUUUAAAAAUGAAGUUUACAUAUCAGGUGGGAAAGAAACACAGCAUGAGGUUUGGAAAUAUAACUCCUCUAUCAACAAAUGGAUCCAAAUAGAGUACUUAAAUAUUGGCAGAUGGAGACACAAGAUGGCCGCCCUCUGUGGAAAAGUAUACGCCAUCGGAGGUUUUGAUGGCAGUCAGAGAAUAUACAGUGUUGAGGCUUAUGAUCCAUUCCACAACUGCUGGGCAGAGGUAGCUCCUUUAUUGUUCAGUGUGAGUUCAUUUGCUGCAGCAAGCUACCAGAACAAAUUGUAUAUUAUCGGCGGUGGACCAAACGGAAAGCUAGCUACUGAUAAAACACAGUGUUUUGAUCCCGCAACCAAUAAAUGGAGUUUUAAAGCGCCAAUGCCAGUGGAAGCGAAAUGUAUCAAUGCUGUUAGCUUCCAUGACCAUAUUUAUGUUGUUGGUGGCGCGAUGAAAGCCCUGUACUCUUACAGCCCUCUUGAAGACAAUUGGUGUUUAGUGACCAAGUUUAGUCAUGAACGAGCAAGUUGUGGUAUAGCUGCGUGCUGCAAUAAAAUAUUCAUAACAGGUGGUCGGGAUGAGAAAAAUGAAGUCAUUGCAACAGUUAUGUGCUGGAAUACAGAGAACGAGAAGUUGACCGAAGAGUGUGUACUACCACGAGGUGUAUCCCAUCAUAGCAGUGUUACCAUAAGAAAAUCAUACACACAUGUACGGAGGAUUAUUCCGGGAGCUGUCUCUGUCUGACUCUCGUGGGACAUAGUUUGAGCAUCCUCUAACCUCAAAUAAACAUUUAACAAAUUCUCAAUUUUUUUAUAUUUAUUAAAAAGCUUAUCAAGCCAAGCUAUGAAAUGACAGUAUAAGUGAGAUUAAUCUGUGCAUUGAUUACACGUGAUGUUAAAAUAACAAGCUUUGGGGCACCGCCAUGUGGAGUAUGCCACCGAAGAUAUCCAACCAAAAUUCACUUUGAUUGCAUUUUAUAAUAAAAUGUUGUUUACACUUAAUCUUAAAGACAACCUAAAUCAGUUUUAUGCUCGUUGUGCUAACUUUAUGAAAGUCUGUGUUGUCUACUGUUGCACUGUUUCAAUAAAGGUAUUCUUGAGUUUUGUAA